CGCUUGAGCAAUUGAACCGCGAAUCGGCUUUCCUCGUCGCUUCUAGGCUGCUCUCGACGCGCUGAAUUUAAACGAUUUUUCGGAGUACUGAACUCAGUUAAUAAUUCUAUCGUAAAAAAUUGGUUAUUACAUAGAUUGUGUGAUAUCAAUAAUAGAGAUUUGUGUGGUACUUUGAACUAUUAACUUUCUAAUGAUUACUUAAAAAGGCCAUUUGACACAUUUAGCUUUAGUUAAAAUGUGUUUUGUAACAACUACGAGUGACUGUUCUCGGUUAACGAAAAAUGUGGAUUCUUGUAGUUUCAUAGAAAAAUGUGGAUACUGAGAUAUUUGAAAUGCAGUGGUUUUACAUUUUUGGGAUAAUUUCAGCUGUGAAUGCCGGUAGGGAAGCAUAUGAAAGACUAGGAUACUUUUGGCAUAUAACAGACCUUCAUUACGACGGCCACGUCAUUUUCCACGGAGAUGCACGAAAAGGUUGCUGGCGACCAGAUUACGAUGGGAUUAAAGGCAAAGGUGCUAGGAGGCCAAUGGGAAGGUUCGGGGACUACAGCUGUGAUUCCACUUGGGAGCUUAUCGAAUCCGCAGCCCAACUUAUGACGACACGACACUAUGACAAUGUUGAGUUCGUCUUAUGGACAGGGGACGGGAUGUUUCAUUCGGCUCGGCGUCUGCCAGAAACGCGCCAAAUGGAACUCCUUCAGAAUCUCACUGAUCUAUUGGGCAAGACUUUCAAGUCCCAGUUCGUGUUCCCUGCCCUCGGGCACGAUGAUCCCUUUUCGCGAGAGGAGCUAGCGAAAAUGUGGUCCAGGUGGUUGCCAACUGAUUCCCUCAAGACCUUCAAAACAGGUGGUUACUACAUCUUCGAAAGAAAAAUGCUCAAGUUGCAAAUAGUCGUUUUAAAUACGAAUUUAAUGAAAAGAUCCGACACGGAUCCAGAAGCCAACCAACAGUGGGUUUGGUUGAAAAAUGUCCUCGAUAAAUUCAGACGAAACGGGGAAACGGUGUAUUUGGUGGGACACGUUCCUCCGGGAUCAAACGAACGUCAACGAGGCGCCGCUUCGAUACCCAGCCACUUUUCCUACGUAGAUCACCACAAUAGGAAAUAUUUAGAAAUAGUGAAAAACUUCUCCAGCAUUAUUGCCGGGCAGUUUUUCGGGCAUUUGCAUUCCGAUACUUUCAGGGUUAUUUACAACAACAAUGGAAAACCUAUCUCGUGGGCAAUGGUUUCUCCAUCAGUCACACCACGUCGAACGAAUGAUGGACCUAACAAUCCGGGAUUACGACUGUACAAAUUCGAUAAAGAUACCGGACAAGUUUACGACUACACGCAAUUCUACCUGGACCUAUCGGUGGCGAACGCCAAUGAAAACAGAUUAGCGGAGUGGUCAGUCGAAUACAAUUUCAGUACGUACUAUUCUAUUAACGAGAUAAGCGCCGGCAGUCUACACGCCCUGGCAGACAAGUUUACCCAAGACAAUCCUUACGGGAAUUCUGUCUUCAACAAGUAUUAUCGAGCCAAUUCGGUACGAUUCAACACGAACCCAUCGACAGGUUGUGAUGCGACGUGUGCUCACACCCAUUUCUGUACCAUCACCAGGGUCGAUUAUGACCAGUUUCAACAGUGCAUGCAAACAGCGCCCAGUGCUCUGUCCGCCUCGAGAUCGUUCGUUUCGAGACCGCUGGCCAUCCUCAUACUUUCUGUGAGUGUUGUGAUAAAUUCGUUAGUGUGAUAACUUUUUCUCUUAGAAGUAAUUUUGAAUCGAGUCAAGUAUUGGAAUAUUAGACAAUAAACCAAUUUUUGAAAUGAUAUAAGUUAGAACGGUGAUGGCGGCGAAAGUAAAGGGAAUUUAAACGAAUAUGAGACGAGUUGCAUACAGAUGCGUUCGGAAGAAUAAAUAUUAAAGAAUUGUACUCAGUGGUCACUUUCAUUCAUUUGUAUAAAGUAUUUUCCAAUUAAUUUGUUUUUAUUAUCUCUAAAUUUUAAUAAUUGCUUUAGUUAACUAUAUCAAAAAAUUUUAGUUCCAUCAUUUAUUUCUUAAUUGUUAAAAUUUCGUUCCUGUUUAUUGAAACAUUUUUUAAUCUGUUCUUCUAAUUAAUUGUAGUGAUUCAAAAGUGAUUUAAGAAAUUUUAUAUACUGAAUGUGUGAAUAGUGCAAACUAUAUCACACGAUUCAAUAUUUAUGUAAAAUAUUUUUGUAUAUAUUGAACAGAAGAAAAAAAUUAAAAUUAUUAAAAAUUAUAUAAAAGUAUACUUAUUGAAUAUAUGUCUGAGUGUCAACAAGUAAUAAUGGGUUUUGGAUUUUUUGAGUAAAAAGGCGCUUUUAAUGUAUAUACAUAAUGUAUUAAUAUGAAAAGUAUUUGUACGAAUUCUAUGUCACUGGUUGUUAUAAAAUAAUGUUUUAAUAAUAAUACACGUUUCCGUUCGCGAUUUUUUAAUGCAAAUAUUUCAAUUUAUACCAUUCAGAGAAAAUGGAAACCUUCACAAAACUGUGAAUUAGAUUACAUUUUAUUUUAAUUGUGAAUAAUAUAAUUCGUUAAUAUUCAAAACAUUACAUCAUAUUUUCAAUUUUGAAUAGUUAUCUUAGUAGUACUUAGUUGAAAUAAAACGUUCCAAGCAAUGUUCCAAGUUCUCUACCAAUAUAUUCAGGAGAUGUGUCUAUUUAUUAAAACAAUUUUAUGAUUUAUUCAUUCACUAAAAUUACCAUUUUAAAAUGUAUAUAAACUCCUGCCAAAACCAAAAUAAAAUCUUAUAAUUAUUAAUUGGAUUAAAUUUCUUAUAAUUAUUUUAAUUAUCUUAAUUUCUGAAUUUUAUUUAAUAAUAUUAUUAACAAAUGUAAAUGAAGUAAUAAAAUGACCAAAUUAUGCUACUUAACGUGUUGUUAAAAGGUUACAUUCUAUUACCUAUAUUUUUUUAUUCUAUUAAUUCGCUAGUUAAUCGUUUAUUCUUGUUAAAAUUAUUUGUUAACGUUUUUCAUUUGUACUCAAUUUUUAAAAAUGUAAAAUCAAUUUUAUUGUCAAAUUAUCCAAAGGCAUAAUUUCUAAAUUUUUAUUCUCCCAUUUUAGAAUUCU